AUGAAGCAGGGAAAGAUUACUGCCUGGCUAUUCCAGUCGAAGACCCUCCAUAAAGCCGCACCUGAGAGAGCAGACUACACCAUACAAAGAGAAACCCGCGGAGACCGUCUCUCACAGCUGCAGGACCUCCGGGAGAAGGACCCCAAGUAUGACGCCAAGAUGCUCUACACAAAUAUGUAUAAAGCAACUACAGGAGCACAGGACGAUGGAGAAGUGUUUGCUAUGUAA